AUGCCACUCCCAUUCGAAUGCGAGCCCUUCUACAUGCGGCCCCUCCUAAUGAUCAACUCUAUCACCGGGGGAUUCUUCACACUAUUGAUCUACUUGGUUAUCCCAGUAGCCGUGGCAAUAGCCAUAAUCUUCGCCAUCGGCUUGCUGUUCUUCGCUGUACUUGCUGUGGUGUUUGGCCGGGGUCCCAGUUCUGAUGAAAUCAAAGCAAAGCGGGAGAAAGAGAAGAGGGAGCGAGAUCAAAAAGAGAACCAGGGAAGACCAGAUGCAGAUCUAUUCACCGCUCCUCUUCCGGCAGCUGCGACCAGUUCCAGUGGCACAUAUGACCAGGAAAAGCGUCUUGAGAUCGAGCUUGAACUCCUUGGCGAGAUGAUUGUCGCGAGGAGGGACAGAUUGGCGGGUUUGAGAAUGACGCAUUCGGGGGAGGUUUUGGAGAAGCUUGAACAGGACUCGUAA